UGUGUUGGAAAACUAAAGUCAAGAAUGAAAGGAACAUAAAGUGGGGGCAGUGCGCUUAUUCUUGGGUCGACCAAGAAAACAAUCCCCAGGAAAUCAGGUUUGUUCCCAUUAAUUGCCCACCAAAACAGACCGUCCGUCAGCUUCAGUUUGACUAGCUAAAGAUUGGAGCAGAGCAGAGAGAUAGGAAGGAUACUUGUGUAGUGUCUUGGGACAUGGUGGCGAUCGUGGGCGUGUGUGUAAAGCUGAAUGAAAGCUCUCCUCCGUUCCGUCCCGUCCGUUUGAUUGAGGAAGACACGUUGAGACGCACAUCAUCGAUGAGGUUGGAAAGAGAGAGGAGCAAAAGUUUUCAAAGACAGAGAAACAUAUAGGAGUAGAUGAGUUGAGCUGUGCCUGCCUGGCCCCAUCCAUUAGCCCGAACAAACAAAUACUGCACCUCUGCUGAGAAUUCUCUUAUUCUUGAUAUGCUAUGCGCGGCCGGCGUCCAUGUCCCCCUCUUUACUCUUUUUCUUCCUGCACCUGUUGUUCCUGCUUUGUCUUGUACCAUGCUGCAGCAGCUGCGCCCAACACAUGCUCCUCCCCAACUCCUCCCUCCCAGAACUACUCGCCGGCGACAAGGUCACGGACGGGCUGAGGCGAUACCUGGCGCGCUUCGGCUACAUCAACAUGUCACUGCCAGCUGACCAGCAGGACCAAGACGCUGGGCUGCUUCGGCUGUACCAAUCAACCAUGGGCAUCCCGCCCACCGGCCGCCUCGACAACCGCACCGCCGGCCUACUCUCCACCCCACGCUGCGGCGUCCCCGACCUCCCCAACGUCGCCUCCCGCUACGCCUACUUCGACGGCCAGCCCCGUUGGGCGCCACGCGGCCGCCGCUUCACCCUCACCUACGCCAUCAUCCCCCCGCCGGCUACACCUGAUGAUCGCCUCCCGCACCCGUCUGCGGUGCGCGCGGCGUUCCGGCGUGCGUUCGCGCGGUGGGCGCGGGUGAUCCCGGUGCGCUUCGUGGAGCUGGCCACCACCGCAGGCAGCGAGUUCAGCUACAACACGGCGGACGUGAAGGUGGGCUUCUUCUCCGGCGACCACGGCGACGGGGAGCCCUUCGACGGGCCUCUCGGCGUGCUGGCACACGCCUUCUCCCCUCCCAGCGGUCAGCUCCACCUCGACGCCGCCGAGCGAUGGACCGUCCACCUCGAUGACCAAGAGGACUCAUCGGCGGUGGACCUGGAGUCGGUGGCCACGCACGAGAUCGGCCACGUGCUGGGGCUGGCGCACUCGUCGGCCCCCGACGCCGUCAUGUACCCGAGCCUCAAGCCGGGCACCCGGAAGGUGGAACUCACGGCGGAUGAUGUCAGAGGGGUGCAGGCGCUCUACGGCUCCAACCCGCGCUUCAGCCUCAGCUCCCUCUCCGAGCCUGACACCUCCUCCUCAGAGGCCUCUGCCUCGCCGGCCAACCUACUCUUGCUCCUCACCAUGAUACAUGCCAUGCUAGCUAGCUGCUUGGUUGAUUCCCUCUCUCUCAAUCUGCUAGAUUAAUUGUGAAGCUUAAUUAAGCUAGCUAGGUUUAUAAAAGUAUAUGCUACGUACUACACACUAUAGGUAUACACGUACGCACGCUUUAUCUAUCAAGCGUAACGUCGUCAUACUGAACCGGGCUUCAAUUACUUAUCUAAUUAUUCGCUUCAGAGAAACUCGGGCAGGCAGGCAUGGUCACGUACGUUUUUCUAUCAACGAGUUAGAGCCAUCGACUAGUUUGCUUUUUGUUUAAGGAAGAGUACCAAUUGAUUAAGCUACUAUAGCAGUCAAGCGUUUUCUUUCUUUCUAUACUUUGUUUUUGAAGCAAACACAGUGGAAAGGACAAUUAAAGGUCUUAUCGUCA